AUGCCGCAGCUGGACUCGGGCGGGGGCGGUGCGGGUGCUGGCGACGACCUCGGCGCGCCCGACGAGCUGUUGGCCUUCCAAGACGAAGGCGAGGAACAGGACGACAAGAGCCGCGACAGCGCCGCGGGCCCCGAGAGGGACCUGGCGGAGCUCAAGUCCUCACUGGUGAAUGAGUCCGAGGGCGCGGCCGCAGGCGCCGGGGUCCCGGGUCCCGGCGUCCGGGUGCACGGAGAGGCCGAGGGAGCCCCCGAGGCCCUGGGACGAGAGCACACUUCGCAGAGACUUUUCCCAGACAAACUUGCAGAGUCCCUAGAGGACGGCCUGAAGGCCCCGGAGUGUGCCAGCGGCAUGUACAAAGAGACUGUCUACUCUGCCUUCAAUCUGCUCAUGCACUACCCACCGGCCUCCGGAGCAGGGCAGCACCCCCAGUCUCAACCCCCGCUGCAUAACAAGGCUGGCCAGCCCCCACAUGGCGUCCCCCAACUUUCUCCACUCUACGAACAUUUCAGCAGUCCACACCCCAACCCUGCACCUGCGGACAUCAGCCAGAAGCAAGGAGUUCACAGGCCACUGCAGACCCCUGAUCUCUCUGGAUUUUACUCUCUGACCUCAGGCAGCAUGGGACAGCUCCCCCACACUGUGAGCUGGCCCAGCCCUCCUCUCUACCCCUUGUCCCCUUCCUGCGGAUAUAGACAGCACUUCCCUGCCCCCACUGCAGCCCCUGGCGCCCCCUAUCCCAGGUUCACCCACCCGUCCUUGAUGUUGGGAUCUGGUGUACCUGGACACCCAGCAGCCAUCCCUCAUCCGGCCAUUGUACCCUCCUCAGGGAAGCAGGAGCUGCAGCCAUAUGACCGAAGCCUGAAAACACAGGCAGAACCCAAGGCAGAGAAGGAGGCUAAGAAGCCAACCAUCAAAAAACCCCUCAAUGCCUUCAUGCUUUACAUGAAGGAGAUGAGAGCCAAGGUCAUUGCAGAGUGUACACUCAAGGAAAGCGCUGCCAUCAACCAGAUCCUGGGUCGCAGGUGGCAUGCACUAUCUCGAGAAGAACAGGCCAAGUACUAUGAACUGGCUCGCAAGGAAAGGCAGCUGCACAUGCAGCUAUAUCCAGGCUGGUCAGCACGGGAUAACUACGGAAAGAAGAAGAGGCGGUCAAGGGAAAAGCAUCAAGAAUCCACCACAGACCCUGGCUCGCCUAAGAAAUGUCGUGCUCGCUUUGGCCUCAACCAGCAGACGGAUUGGUGUGGUCCGUGCAGGUGGGUUUGUCCCCACCAUCAUUCUCCCUUUGCUUCAAGCUGCUUCCCUUAAUGCACAUGUUCUGCCGGGUCUGCAGCCCCUCCUUUGGUCCCUCAGUCCCCUAGCAAGCCCUGUAGAGAAGGAAACCCAUGCCUCCUAAGAAUAUGUCUGACCACUGAACACAGACAGUGGAGAUGACUAGUCAGGGUGGAACAGUAGAGAGGGAAAGACAGCAUUCUAAGGAAAGAAAGGCAUACGCAAGUGGGUGGCUUGGGUACUAGCCAGGUUUACCAGGUCCUCAGAAAACAAAUCUGUCACACUUAGAUGACCCAAGCCUCUACUUCUAGCCUCAGACUCCCUCAUCUCCUUAAAAUGAAAUCCCUGUCUAAGAAAAACAAGGUGAGGGUAUCAGAGACUGCUGUGUGCGACUUGCCAUCUUGUACCUGUUAACACUCAGAAGGUGACAGAGGCUAGUGGGAAAUAGAUACCAUAGGGCAAAGAGAAAAGAAUCGUGGCAUGUGUGCCUGUGUGUGUGCACAUGCUCACAAUGGAGACUCCAUCCCUAGAAGAGGUCCUAUACCAUCUGUUUGUGCUGUUCAAGACAAACUACAGCUAGGGACUGGUAUACACCUGUAACCCUAGCACUCAGGAGGCCAAGGCAAGGCAGAGCAAACUGCCAACUGCCUGGAGAGCUACAGUUUUUAAGUAGGCAGCAGUCACCAUGCACUUCUUCCACUAGCCUGGCUGUGAGAACCAAGAUUGUCCACAAGUAUCACAGUCCCUUGACUCCUAAUGCCUGCAAGAAUACAUGGAACAGAAACUCAAGGACCCAAAUGAAGAUAGUUCUCCUGGAAAAUAGGAGGCCUACCCACAAAAGGUUCCACUUGCCACCUUGUGGCUGUUCUACAUAAUUGCACUCAUCCUCGGUCUGGGCCAGGUGGGGCUGAAGGAAUGGGCAUAGUUUCUGGGCCUCGGAGAGAGAGGACAAAGUGGUUAGCCAGGCCAGUUCAAGGACAGCCAUUUUCUGGUUGUGGUGUGUGACUAUGGA